CGCCAAACGUGCGAGCGUGAGGAGGUGGGUGGGGAAGCAGGACUACACCCUCCGCCAGCCGUCGACGACGCUAGAUCAUUUCUGGCCACCUCGCAGGAAUGUCCUCGCAUGUGGCUCCCUUCUCCGAAGGUGGAUAAGCCUCUCUCUCCGCCGAGGGACUGGGCGCUGCUGCUGCUUCAGGAGCCGAGGGCUUUCCUUCCCCCCCGAUGGAUGCCGUGCGCGCCACUUCUGCUCCGUGCCCAGAAACUGUCUCAGGCUUGCCCAGGACAUUUCGGCGGCGCUUCGGGGCUGGUGAAGAAUGCAGGGAGGCAGCAGCGCAAAGCUGCGUCCGGAUGGGAAUCUGCUGGCCUCUCCGGAGCAGCUGCUGCUGCUACUGAGCUAACCUCUCCCUGGGCAGGAGGAGGAGGAAGAAGAAGAGGAGUAGGUCAGGUUAGUGGUGCCUGCUCCCCUCCCUCUCCUUCCCCUCCCCGAGCAAGAGCCAUCCUCCCCGAGGCUGCGCUGCCUGCCUGCCUGUUUGGGCAGGGCAGAUUUGGAGAGGCGCUUUGGCGAGGGCGCAGCCUCGCCGCUUUCCUGAAGAAGAGGGACCCUUGCGCUCUUCCCACCGCCUCACCUGCGCCUGCAGCUGCUGCGGGGCAGAGGUCUGGCUCCGGAUCCAGGCUCUUGGCGUCCCCUGAGGCCACACACACACACACACGCCCCUCGGACUCGUCUCCAGGAAGCCCCUCGGCGCACCCGGAGAGGCGCCAAGGGGGUGCCACCACCCACGUCUCCAGGACGCAGCGGUCCCCCGCCGGGCUGGCCAUGCUGGGGCUCCGGCGCGACCGGCUGCUCAUCCUGCUGCUGCUGGGGGCGCUGCUGAGCGCCGAUCUCUACUUCCACCUCUGGCCCCAAGUGCGGCGCCGCCUGGCCCGCGCCGGAGCGCACGGGCCGGGCUGCUCCUGCCCCGCUGAAGAAGCCGCCGCCUGGCCCCCUAGCACCAUGCCCUGGACGCGGCUGCCGGAGCAGCGCAGCACCCAGACGGCCGGCUCCAAGCUGCGGAGGCUCUUCUCGCACCCGCUCUACAGCGCCCCCGAGGGGCCGGCCGAGAAGCUGCUCAGCGGGCAGGAGGCGCUGCGCUACUACCGACGCAAAGUGGCCCGCUGGAACAGGAGACACAAGAUUUACAGAGAGGAGCGCAACCUCACCUCGGACUCAAUAACGCAGCUCAGGCAGGAGGCAAGCUGGCUCCAGUUCCACCUGGGAAUCAAUCGCUAUGCCUUGUACCCACGGUCCAGCCCUCCGAUUGACCAGCUCCUCCGGGACACGCAAAACUUUGGAACCAUCAGCGCUGAUUACAGCCAGGACGAGAAAGCAUUGCUGGGUGCCUGUGACUGCACACAAAUUGUCAAGCCCAGUGGUGUGCACCUGAAACUUGUUCUGCGGUUCCAGGACUUUGGCAAAGCCAUGUUCAAACCCAUGAGACAGAAACGAGAUGAGGAGACUCCAGAAGACUUUUUCUAUUUUGUUGACUUUCAAAGGCACAAUGCAGAAAUAGCUGCCUUCCACCUCGACAGAAUCCUGGAUUUCCGCCGCGUCCCUCCGGUGGUUGGGAGAAUGAUUAACGUUACAAAGGAAAUCUUAGAGGUCACCAAAAAUGAAAUCCUGCAAAGUGUCUUUUUUGUUUCACCAGCCAGCAAUGUCUGUUUCUUUGCCAAAUGCCCUUAUAUGUGCAAGACAGAAUAUGCCGUGUGUGGGAAUCCUCACCUGCUGGAAGGAUCCCUCUCUGUUUUCCUACCAUCCCUCAACCUGGCACCAAGAAUCUCCAUCCCAAACCCGUGGAUACGAUCCUACACCUUUACUGGAAAAGAGGAAUGGGAAGUGAAUCCACUCUACUGCAACACAGUGAAGGAGAUUUAUCCUUACAGCAGUGGCAGUCGGCUACUCAAUAUCAUCGACAUGGCAAUAUUUGACUUCUUAAUAGGCAACAUGGACCGUCAUCAUUACGAGAUGUUCACAAAGUUUGGAGAUGAUGGCUUUUUGCUCCAUUUGGACAAUGCAAGAGGUUUUGGGAAGCAUUCCCAUGAUGAGAUCUCCAUCCUGGCUCCACUCGAACAGUGUUGCAUAAUAAAGAAGACUACGUUAUUACGGCUACAGCUCUUGGCGCAACCAGCUUACAAACUCAGCGACAUCAUGCGGGAAUCCUUGCUUGAGGAUCGCCUAGCCCCUGUGCUUACAGAACCCCACCUUUUGGCACUAGACAGGAGGCUACAGAUCAUCCUGAAGGCGGUGGAGGAAUGCAUAGAGGCUAAUGGAGAGGACAAUGUUGUGAUUGAUGCUAAGCCCCUGGAGACAGAUGCCUUUGACAGAAUGACACAGCCAAGCUAGAGACCUAGGGGAUAAACCAGAACCUGAACUUUUUAAUUGGUGACUGUUCGCCUCUACCCCUGGACAACUGUGAUUGACAAGAGGGAUGGUCUCUGUCACACCGAAAUCUAAACACGCUGCUGGGCAGGUGAUUAAAGACUGCACCACGGGUCUGAGUCUCUUUUGCAUAUGCAUAACCAGAAAUCUUAUCCCAUUAUCACCACCAGUGACCUUUGUGCAUCUUCUCCAGGAGACCUGAAUAAAUGGGGCACUCUGUAGCUGCGAAGCAGA